GGACGGACAUAAACAUUUCCCACCUCUCUACUAGCACCGUCUGUCCGCAUUCCCUUGCAUGAAUUGCUAUUGUUACGGUCCCCUUCAAUAAUCUCCUGACCAACGUCGGGCGCCCCAUCCAUGCCGUGUAACCACAAGUAAAUUGCUUCUGCCAUCCCGACCCGUAUCUCAUCCCACCCUCAUCCACCCAGGAAUCUCGACUUUGUUCCCUACCUCCCGCAGUGGGGUUAUCGGUGGAUUCGAAAGCUACAGAUCUGCGAUCGUGAUCCCAUGACGCGAUGAAGUCCCAGCAGAUGCGAGGGGGGCAUAAACGAGCUGCAAGGACAAGGAACCCCUAGAAAAAUCUCGGAUUUGGGACAUUUGAGAUAUGAAAAUGACACCAACUUAUUGCAUCUCCUCCUCGACGCAUGUACGGUCGUUCUUGGAGAUUUUCUGCGGCGGAUGCCGCGCGUGCGGUCCCGUGGGAUCGGUAGCCUGUGGUACCACUCUAUCUAAGCCCUCGAGAACCGGUGGAAAAGAAUGCGGGUACAAGUAUGCCAUCCCGCCCUUCUCGACCGAACAUGGCUGCGCUCGCGUCUCGGAACACUCGAGGGUAAGCGAGGGAGAAGAAAAGGGUGGUGGUAUCGCGGGUAGCUGCAUCCGUACCUGUAUGAACCGUGAGGCGACGGAGGCAACAGGAUGGAUGGGGGCCGGGUCAUUUAGUGGCCGUCGUUACACCCAGAUCGCGGGAUCGCGGGACGGGAGGGGAGGCGUGACCGUUGGACGGAUCAACGGAUCUUCUGGAAGGAUGUUGAAAGGUACGCAAUCUGAAGCCUCUGUAUCAUGCUGACUCUUACAUGCCCUUCCGCUCUUUUUCGGUCGUUUCGAAAGGGGGC